AUGACUACCUCCCAGAAGUACACAAAACAAUCCGGAGAAAGGGCCCCACUUCUAACAGAUCAACAGGAUACCGAACGGAUACUGAGCGAUUACGAGCAAACGAUCGAGGAAUUGCUCACAAGGAUAAAAGAUGUCCGCGAAGAAGCCUUUGUCAGGAACGUUUCCAAGAAGACGACACUGGAAGGAAAAUCUACAAUGAGGAGGCUCAACACACAACUAAGCGAACUACAUGAAACUCUACAGCAAGAACCACGCCCAGAAACCACAACAAACCAAACACAAACGGAAAAUGAAAGACAGGUGCACAUGGAGGGCGAUGCCAUCCACGAGGACGAACAAGAAAAGAUAAUGGAAAACGUGGAAUAUAUGUAAGUUGUCAACGAGGACCUCUAGGAUUAUCCGCCGCCAGAAGACGAUCCUAUCAUCAAGGAUAUCGAGGCCUUAGAAGUCGAACCGAGCACCGUUUACGAACGACUCAAUAGACUUUCAAAAGAAAAAACUUGCUUUCCGCGAAGAUACGAGACAGGUGUUAACCGAGCUGACGAAGUAACCAUGAAGUGUGCAUUUUGUAAUACCCCAGGAGAUCACUAUUCUGACUCCUGUAGAUAUGCACCUACCGUAGCAGAACGAUUAGAUUAUCUCAGGAAGCAAAACCGGUUUAAAAUGUGCUUGGAAACUCAGUGUAGUAAGGAUUACUCCUGUUCAAAGUUCAGGAAGCCAUGCCACCAUUGCAAGAAAACCGGCCAUGCUUCAGCUGUUUGCUUCUUGCCGAAAACUUCAUUGGAGAUUUCUACGCAAUGA